UACUUCCAUGUGUAACUGUCUACAAAACAAAAGUGAGUGACCUGAUCAGAUGAUAAAGGAUGGAUUAAAGGAAAAUUGUGCUAUUUUUUGGAUGGUAGUGGUUGGCAGUUCAGGUGCUGUCUUGUAUUAUUUUCAUUGUUGAUUGGCGUGUGGGAUACACUUACAAUCAUUUAGAGCAUGUUUUUGUGCCAUAAAUGAUUUUCCCUCACAAAAAUCUAUAGAUGUUCUAAUAAUAUAAUAAACACCUAAUUUCAGCUAUAGCCUUAUAGUAGUACUAUCAUAUAGUUACGUGUAACACCUCUGUAGUAUCCUGGCUAUAGCUGUAAGCUCUGUAUAGGAAUUCUUUCAAAUUCUUCAUCGUUUGCUACAAACUGAAUGAAGUGUGGAUUUGGAACGUGGACCCUAUUAUUCGUGAUUUCUGUUGUGCCCUAUGUAGGGAGCAGGGAGUAUGUGAGACAAUGGGACGAGACUAGUGCAGCUGGCGCCGUACACCCGGAAACACAAGCGUAUGGUUUGAAACAAACAAAAGCCCCAUGCUUUGCUACCGAGGAAAAAAGGUGGAACAGAAGCCCGAGGUUGGACAAUGUUAGACACGAAACCGCGGAGUGAAACGGGGUUUUAGCUGUUUCGAUAUUAAAUCAACUGAAAAACAGCAACGGUCGCUGGAGCUCGCGCGGUUGUUAAGGUUGUUAGCGAAGGUGUUGCUGAGCUUUAGCGCUAACAGUAAGUUAGCCGGCGCAAAACCAGCACAUUUCUAGCAUGUUGUGAGGUUUUUAUUUGCGUUUUGGGGCAUGUUUAACAACCCUCAAGUGUAGGGCGCUAGCUUGUCUUUGUAUGGUGUCCAACAGCUCGAAACUAGUGUGUGUUUUUCGCGGUUAAAUCCCCCCAGUCUCGCCCAGCUGGGUGUAGCUGCUCCCUCGCUAACCGAGCUGAAGGUUUGUGCUGAAGUUUUCUCAGCAUGACCGCUGCCGUGUUCUUCGGCUGCGCUUUCAUAGCGUUUGGCCCUGCGUUCGCCCUCUUCAUCUUCACCAUCGCCAGAGACCCACUGAGAGUCAUCAUCCUCAUAGCAGGUGCUUUUUUCUGGCUCCUGUCCCUCUUGCUGUCCUCUCUGGUAUGGUUCAUUGCCAUGAAGGCUAGCAAUACAGAGGAUAGUAAGGUGCAGAAGGGCCUGCUCAUAUUUGGGGUCAUGUUCUCAGUCCUCAUUCAGGAAGUGUUCAGAUUUGCCUACUACAGACUGCUCAGAAAGGCUAAUGAAGGCUUGGCAGCCAUUAGCGAUGAAGAAGCAUCUCCCAUUUCUGUCCGGCAAAUGGCUUAUGUGGCUGGUCUUGGCUUCGGUAUAAUAAGUGGAGCUUUCUCCAUGAUCAACAUCCUGUCCGACUCGCUGGGCCCCGGCACCGUGGGCAUCUUUGGGGACUCUCAGUAUUACUUCAUUGCAUCAGCACUGAUGACUCUGGCUACAACUCUGCUACACACCUUCUGGGGCGUGGUGUUCUUUGAGGGCUGUGAGAAGAGCCGCUGGUGGGUCAUUGUUGUGGUUGUGUGUCUCCACCUGCUGGUCUCUGGUCUGUCUCUGUUAAACCCGCUGUAUGAAGGCAGUCUGCCUCCUGUGUAUGCUGUCACCGUAUUGAUGGCUGUGUGGGCAUUCUUCUCUUCAGGAGGCUCCCUGCACAACCUGUCACUGCUCUUUACCAGUAAGAGAAGCGAGGUGGAGUCCUCGUAAGGCCAUCAAGUCCUGGCUUCUCAGUGAGAGUGAGAUGCAGGCAGUUUAUUGAAAGGCUGCAUUUGCUGUGUGGAGCGUCUAAAGCAGCGAGCAGAAGAACAAACACAGCAGCCGUCUCCACUGCAGACGGCCUGGGGUUCAACUCAGACCCCCAACAACAUGACUGCCCUCACUUCAGCCUAACAGGUUAUAGGACUCUCACGUCAUGCUCAUUGUAAAACGCUGUAAAUAGCUUGGAUACUAUAACACACAAAAAAAACCACAUUUUUAAUGAGUGAGCAGAGUGUCUAUCUCUUGCUUUGCUUCAGCUUCUCAGUCAUUUCAAAGUAGUAUUUAAAAGUGUUCUUUUGCUACAUCACAAAUCACCUUUUAAAAUUGUUUUUCUUUAUUGAAAAUGUAAUGUAAAUAUUGAACUAAGCCUUAGCAAGGCACUUUUAAUGGGAGGUUGUGGGAUGUCCUGGGGUCAGACUGGUCCUGCUUUACAGUCUGGAGUUCACACUUAAUUCAUAAUUAAAGUGGACCUAAUUAUUUUUGAGUGCAGCCAGGUGAACCAGCUCCAUUUAGCAAUGACCGAUGCAAUUUUGUAGCCUUUAUGCAUUGAAACUGCCAAUGACUGUGUAACCAAUGGGUCUCCUGGCCAGUCUAAAACCUGUUUGUUAAAACUGAAGAAUGAUUGGUCCGUUAUUAACUAGUGAUUCACUGAAAUGAAAAUUCUUGGCUGAAACUGAAAUUCAGGACACGCUCGACCGACAACAGGUAUUAUUGUUUGUUUUUUUUGUUUUUUUUUUUAAUUGGCAUUAGCAUAGUAAUGCCUUUGAAUGUACAGAAUGAACAUAGAAAUACUACAAGGUAAGGAAGAAAAAACACUUUUUUAUUGGUAAAAACUGAACCUCUCAGUAGGACAAAACUAACAACGAACAAAAAGCGAUUAACAAACUUCAUAAAAUUAGCCUGUUGCAUUAUGUAUAGUGUGCCUAGUAAAUCCAGUGUCCUCAGUAGCAACAAAGAGUUGGUCAUACAAGGCAGUAUAAUUCCAUUAUUUUUGUAGAUUUAUUUUACAGUUUGGCUCUGUCGUUUGUUUUUUUUUUUCAUCAUUUCCAAAUCUGUGUUUAUGAAUGGUGUUGGCAUGGUAGAAGGGUGCUGUA